AUGCCCUCUCUAUCUCCAGAGGCCAAGAGGGGGCGCUGGGUGCCUGACGGGGGAGCUGCAUCGAGCCUCACCACCUUCACGGAGGGCGAGCUGGAUGAUGAUGAGCUCCUGCGCCUGGCAGCAGAGAGGCUGCCAGAGUCCCAGAUCGCACCGGGGCUGCAUGACGUAACUGCCAGCGAGCUGCAGAUGCUGGGGGAUUGCACCCCCGCCUCACAGCCGGACUUUGAGGCUGAAGCCCAGGAGCUGCUUGCGGAUGCAGGCAUUGAUGCAACUGAGGCCGCAGCCACGCUAGAGCUGGCCGCUGGCAGAAAACCAGUCCAUGGACCAGAGGGCGAGGAGAACCUCAUCCCCCUGCGUCCCCACAUUCCGCCAUCCCUGAAUGCCCUAGACGUCCCAGGCCAGGUCAUGCCAGUCACGGAUGGCAGCGGGAAACGAGCGUACUGCAGCCUAGAGGAUGUGCAGAACACUGGACAAGGGCGUGCGGCGCUGCAGGCGAGGUCGGGCACGCUGCUGGCGCGGCCCUACUCCCUCCUCCUGCAGGACAUCGAGGCGGGGAGGGUGGAGCGAGCCAGGCGGGCUUCGAAGCCGAGGACGCUGUGGGCCGAUAAGUAUGCCCCCACCGCCUUCAUGGACCUCCUCAGCGCGGAGCAGAUCAACAGGGAUGUGGUGCGCUGGCUCAAGGAGUGGGAUGCCUGCGUGUUUGGGCGCGCGGUGCCGCCGGCCCCGGCUGCCAGGUCCGGCGCAAACAGCAUGGGGCCGGCCGCCGCGCCCGACCCUCUGGGCCGCCCGCAGCACAAGAUCAUCCUGCUGGCUGGCCCCCCGGGGCUGGGCAAGACCACGCUGGCCCACGUGGCGGCGGUGCACUGCGGCUACCGGCCGCUGGAGAUCAACGCCAGCGACGACCGGAGCGCGGGGGCGCUGGGGCCGCGCGUCGCGGCGGCCGCCACCAUGCGCUCGGUGCUGGCCGACCGCCGGCCCAACUGCAUCGUCGUGGACGAGAUCGACGGCGCGCUGGGCGGCGCCGAGGGCGCGGGCGCGAUCGCCGCCCUGCUGCGCAUAGCCGCCGACGCGGCGUCCAGCGACGGCGAGAGUGACGGGGAGGAGCACCCAGCGCCUGCGGGGCCGGAGAAGCGGCCCAAGGGGCGCGGGAAGGCCCCGGGGCCCCUGCUGCGGCCCAUCAUCGCCAUCUGUAACGACCUGUACUGCCCCGCGCUGCGCCCAUUACGCGACGUCGCCCGAGUCUUCCACUUCCGCAAGCCCACGACGGAGAGGCUGGCCCAGCGCCUUGCCUACCUCUGCGCCUGCGAGGGCCUGCGGUGCGAGAAGAGCACGCUGCGCACGCUGGCCGAGAUGGCGGAGUGCGACGUGCGCUCGUGCCUGAAUACGCUGCAGGUGGCCCCGGAGAGGGGACAGACGCAUGUGCGGUUGCAGGACUUGAAGGGACUGUCACUGGGUCAAAAGGAUGUCACCAAGGGUGCAUUCACGGUGUGGCAGGACCUGCUGCAACACAAGCCGCCGGCCGCCAUUGCUGGGAGGGCGUCUGAGGCACCUGCAGCGCGACAGUCUCGCCUGCUAACCCUGCUGCAAGAUUUUGGGGAGCACGAUCUGGUCCUCAGUGGCGUGCACGAGAACCUCCUGUCCCUCCGCUACUUUGACCUGGCAUGCUCCAGAACCGCCUGGGCCCUAUUUGCCCUCUGCGACGCUGACAGGCUCCUGGGCAGCUGCUAUGCUUCCGGUAGCUGGGGCGCAGCCCGGUAUGUGCCUGCUGCCCUCCUCUCCGCCGCAGGGGAGGUGACCAGCGUCGAGAGGCCUGCCAUGGUGUGGCCAAAGAGCGGAGCGGAUGCAAGGCGGAAGCAGGCGGGGCAGGCGGCGCUGCUCAGAGCCUGGCGGUGUGCCAUGUCGCCGCUGGGUGCCGCCUGCCAUGCCCCCCGAAGCCUGGUCCUGGACAUCGCACCGAUGCUGGGGAGAGUCACCGCCCCCCCUUUGCGCCCUGUGGGCCUGCGGCUGUUCAGCAGCGCUGAGUCAGCAGCCCUGAACCAGGUGGUGGCCCUGAUGCUGGCCCUCGGCCUGAAACCUGCCCCACAAGUGGAGGACGACGAGGAUGAGAAUGCCGAUGGGGAGGAGCGGGAGGCACAUCAGGGCCUGGCAUCCUCCUCGGGCCGACCCAGGCAGGCCCACACCUUGCGAUUCCAGCCGCCGGUGCACUCGCUGGCCAGGUUCCGGGGUCAAGCCGCAGCCUGCCCUGUCCCGAGCUGCCACCCCGCCACCUGGCAGACCCUGCAGCAGGCACUGGACAUGGAGGCCAUCCGCAGGGCGGAGGCAGGGCGCUUGGAUGCCGGGGACAAGGGAAGUGCGAGGAGCGACGCGGUCGCUGCCUCCCGGGAGGAUACUCCGCCGGGGCUGGGCCCUGGCCCCACACGACACGUGGUGCCCCUGACCCUGGCCGAACGACUCCAGCUCGCCAAGACGGCGCCGUCUGCUGCCCUCAAACCCCAGCGGAGCAUGAGUUGGCUGGAUGGCCUCAAGGAAAGGAAGCGUCCCAUGGGACGACAGACGGUGGGAGGAAAGGACGGCGCCGCUCCCCAUUCGGUGCUCUACUGCUUCCACGAGGGGUACACCAACGCCGUCCGGCGCCCCGUCCGCAUGGCUCACCUGCUGUGA